AUUUGAAAAGUGGCAACGGUCGGUGUUUUUGGUUGGUUGCUUGUUUUGUAUCUGCUGUUCUGAGACCUGCUGGGAAGGAAGGCUGAGAAGGAGCUGUACUGUGGAGAAGCCUCUGCCGCCAUCUACACAUUUCGAAUGGAAACAUCUAAAAAUGUCUUUCUACAAAAGGACCUUGCUGAGCCUUUCCUGAAUCUGCAGCGGUCUGUAGUUUUUUGAAACACACCAAACAACUAUACUUGGGGAGGAGACUCCCAUCAUGGAAACUUUGUCCUUCCCCAGAUACAGUGCAGCUGAGAUUGUGGAUCAUAUCCGCAAUAAAUUACUAACAGGAGCUGAUGGCAAGAACUUCUCCAAGAAUGAUCUUCAUCCAAUCCCUAAGCCUGAAGUCUUGUACACGAUCUACAUGAGAGCCUUGCAAAUAGUGUAUGCAGUGCGGUUGGAGGCCUUCUACAUGAUCCCGGUGAACAUAGAAGUCAUGUAUCCACUUUUAAUGGAGAACUUUUUACCAAUCAUCAAUUUAUUAGUUCAUCUGGACUCCUUUAUGCCCAUCUGCCGAGUGAACGACUUUGAGAUCACUGAUAUUCUGUGUCCAAAAGCAAAACGGACAGUUCGGUUUUUAAGUGGCAUUAUCAACUUUAUCCACUUCAGAGAAGCAUGCCGGGAGACGUAUUCAGAAUUUCUUUUGAAAAAUAAAUCCUCUAUGGACAAAAUGCAGCAGCUGAACAGUGUGAACCAGGAAGCCAUGAUGAAGAUGGAGAAACUCAAUUCAGUUCCAGUUGAAGAGCAAGAAGAGUUCAAGCAGUAUAUGGAUGACAUUCAGGAGCUGCAGUACCUGCUGAACCAGGAGUUUAGGCAGAAAGCGACAGGGCUGCAGGAGGGGCAUGCCCAAAAGAAAUCAGAUAUUUCAGAGAAAACCAAGCGUUUGAAUGAACUAAAGUUGUCAAUGGUUUCUUUGAAAGAAGCCCAAGAGAGCUUGAAGAGUAAAAUUGCAGACUCCCCCAAGAAAGUAGAGAUCUGUAAAGAGAAGAUGAAAGGCACUGUCCAGAAGCUCCGGAACGCCCGGCAAGAAGUGAUGGAGAAGACUGAAGUCUAUAGAGAUUCUGUGGAAUGCUUGCCUUCCUGUCAGCUGGAGGUGCAGUUAUAUCAAAAGAAAAUACAGGACCUUGCAGAUAAUAGGGAAAAGCUAAGCAGUACCUUAAAGGAGAACCUAAACUUGGAGGACCAGAUUGAAAGUGAUUCAUCAGAACUAAAGAAGCUGAAGACUGAAGAAAAUUCCCUCAAAAGGCUGCUGAUUGUAAAGAAGGAGAAGCUGGCCACCACGCGCUUCCGAAUCAACAAGAAGCAGGAGGACAUGAAGCAGUACAAGCAGACGGUGAUCGAAGACUGCAAUAAAGUUCAAGAUAAAAGAGGUGCUGUCUGUGAGCAAGUAACCACCAUUACUCUGGAAAUCCAGAAGAUUAAAUCUGGAGUUCAGCAGCUGAAAGAUAGUACGAAAAAGGAGAAACUGAAGUCUCAGGUGUUGGGUCCCACUUGGCUCAGGAGUCAAGUUGAGGACAGCGAAGUUCUGAUCCCUGCCUCUAAGACUUUAGGAAAUCUUUGUAAACUUGAAAAGUGCUCUGGAGAAGUACCACGAGGGCAUUGAGGCGACAACAAAGGAGUAUUGCUCUAGAAUAGAAGAGAAGACGGCCGAGCUGAAGAAGAGGAUGUUCAGAGUGCCACCCUCGUCAGCAUAGGCAGUCCUCCCAUAAAUGGCUGGCUGACUUUUCGUCUCUGUUUAUGCUGUUAUUGUGAAGUUAUUACGUAGAAGUACCGGCUGUGUCAGCUAACUACCAUGGGUACCGCUGCUUCCCGUUUGUCACUGGUGUUUUUUAGUGUGAUGCUGUGCUUCUUGUGUCUUUUUCUUGUGCUGGGGAGAACUUGGGACCUUGCCAGCUACAGGGAACUGCUUCUCCAGGCUCCAACAUACCAUGUAUUAUAGGCUUUUAUUACAAUUAAAGUAACUUGUACAGCUUUUGUGCCCCCCUUUUAAUCUGUCUCUUUUUGUACUAGCUGGAAUAAAGAGGAAUAGAUACUGAA